AUGCAGACAGAUGACUGCUCACCCCUGCUGCAACCAUCUCAGCCAGACCUGGUCAUCCGUGUAGGAAAAGUGACCAUUGGUGAAAAAUGCAGGAAGAAGCUGCCAAAAAUUCGGAAGGAAAAAGAGAAGGAGAAAGUUGUGCAGGCUGCAUGUGCUCUGUUAAACUCAGGAGGAGGAGUGAUUCGGAUGGAAAUAGCAAAUGAGACUGACUGUCCUCUCGACCUGGGCUUGGACUUGCAGGAGGCCUUGACAGAGCUAAUUCUGCCUUCAGACAUUUUUGAUGAUUUCUUUGAUACAGAGAAACAAGGAAGGAUGUUCCAUAUUUUUGUUAAGUCUUGGAGAAGGGGUGCUCUGCCUGAAGACAAUUCUGACAAGCCCCCCAUUUGCAGUAUGUGCUCUUCUCUGUACCGAAGAUCUGGGACCUCUACAAUUUGCUUGAAUUCAAGGCAGGCGUACAAUUUCCUGAAGAUCAAGAAAAACAAUGCACAGAAAGCACGGAUUAAUGAAGAAUCUGGACAUCAGGACAUCUUGGAAUCAAAUCCUGCUUUCCAAGUUUUCCAAAGCAAGAAGCUUGAAUAUGGUCACAUCCUGCCUUUUCCUGAGUCUCAUUCUGUAGAGUUUAAGCACUUUUCCACACCCAAAAUCAACCAAUAUGUAAAAAAAGCGAUUCAAAAGUACACCCCUGCCUUUGCCAAUAAUAAAGGAGGCUACCUUUUUAUUGGAGUGGAAGAUGAGGAUAGGAAAGUCCUGGGAUGUCCAAAAGAAAAUGUUGACCGUGACUCUUUGCAAAGAGUGAUAGCACAAGCAGUUUCCAAGCUGCCAGUCUUCCAUUUUUGCUCCACUGAUGCACGAGUAUCCUUUGAGGUCAAAUUCAUAGAUGUGUACAAAGAGGAAGCCUUAUAUGGUUACGUCGUUGCGGUAAAAAUCGAGCCGUUCUGCUGUGUGGCGUUCUCAGAAGACCCUGUUUCAUGGAAGGUGAAUGAGCAGCAGGAAAUCGUCAGAAUGAAUAUGACUGAAUGGAUAGCAAAGAUGAUGGGCACAGAUCCAGAUUUUGCUGAAGGUUUUGCAUCUCAGCUGAGUCUAUCUGACAGUCUUCCACACUGCAGAAAAGGCAUGAAACAUACAGCCCAUCUUCAACAGCUUUUAUUUCCAGUAUCACCAGGACGUUGGCAGUAUAUCCCUGAAUCACUCUGGGUGGAGCUGUCCUCACAGCACAAAGGAUUGGAGGAGUUAAUACAUCAGCAAGUUCGUCCUGCCUCCUGGGGAAUUCUGAUCUUUUCCAGAAGCUGGGCUGUGGACCUGGGGUUGGAAGAGAAGCAGGGAGUCCUCUGCGAUGCUCUACUCAUUGCGCACAACAGUCGCCCCACUCUGUACACCAUUCUGGGGGAUCAGGAUGCAGAAGGGCAGGACUACUGCAACCACAUUGCCUUGACAUUGAAGCAGAAGCUGGUGACCAUGGGUGGCUACACUGGGAAGCUGUGUGUCAUGACCAAGGUCCUCUGCCUGAGUCCCGACAUCAGUGCAAUGUCCCUGGAGCUGUACAGCUCUCCAAUAGUUUAUCCCUUGCCCUAUAACCUCUCAGGCACCCAGAAAAUAGAGUCCUUGCUGCAGGCCCUUGUGAUUGUGUUACUGGGCUUCAGAUCCUCCCUGAACCACCAACAUGAGAGGAUUUUAAGUCUUCUAGAAGUUCCACCAUCACAGCAAUGUGUUUGUUUAAUACCUACCUGGCUCAGAAAAGAUAAGCCUGGUCAUAAAGAUCAGGGAAAGAUACGAACAUCUGUCUCUCCACUGAAGCUGAACCUGGUGAAUGUGGCUGAGAAGGUGUGGCAUAAGAGGAGGAUCUCUACCUGA